UGAACAAACCUCUCAAGUGCUUUAAUGAAUGUCCUCUAGCAUCUAUAGAGCUCAACUAACGCUUCACAACGGGCCGAACGGGAUCAUUACGGCAUUAUGAACAUUUAACACCGGACACCUAGAAUCUGUCAGGAGAUUAAGGUACAGGCCAGCAGCUGCCAGCUUGGCGGGAGGAGCAUUUCCUGGCCUGAAUGCGAACCGACUGCAGCUGGAGCAUGUCCACUGCAGGCUUGACUGCCCAGGAGAUCCGUUUACCCGUGCAAAGCCUAUUCCUGCGGGACAGCCAUUGGCAUAGCAUGGCCGGAGCUAAGCCCUCUUGGAAAUACCAUGAUCUACACAAAUUAUACUUCACCAUUGAUUCUUCUAUGGAUUAUAACAUUCAGUCCCAGCAACAGGUGCUGCCAUCAUUCUCAGGAGCGGAAAAACAGCGGACUCAUCUUCAGUCACCAAACAGCCCAGGAGGCCAGCCCUUGCCCCCAAAAAAGCCCAGACCUUCCCAACUCACCUUGCACACGGACCCUUUCACGUCCAGCUCUGCUGAAGACGACCAAGUGGUUCCCUGCUUUCAACGUCUAACGGUAUCUGACCGCAUCAGUCCUCCCCAGACGCCCAGCCGAGUCACCAAACCCCUUCCCCCAAUUCCCGGUUCAGCAGAGCUUUCCCUGGAUCAGGCUAUAGACAGUGAGGUAGAGUUCUUUAAUGGAGAUGACAAUUGCUGCCUAGUUUCCGAAUCUUGCUCAAAACACUCUUCUUUCCGCUAUGGAAUGCCCAGUCGAAGGAGUUUCAGGGGCUGUGGACAGAUUAACUACGCAUACUUUGAAGGUCCAACAUCCCUGCAGAAGCCGCAGACGCAGCCGCAAAAGCCGAGGCAGGAGCGGGAAACCCAGCAGAGGGAACAGGAGCUCCGCGACUACCACCACCACCAACAGCAGCAGCAACAGCAGCAGCAAAACUGUCUCCGACAACAGGAACGUACACAAAGGAAGCUGCGGCGUUCCCAUUCUGGCCCUGCUGGCUGCUUCAACAAACCCACCUCCUUCCGGCUGUCCAGUCAUCACCGAAACAUGCAAGGCCUGGUUAAACCGGAAGUUCCUCCCAGAGUUCCUAUUCCCCCACGACCAAUCAAGACUGGAGACUACCGCCGCUGGUCAGCCGAAGUCUCAUCGGGAGCCAACAGCGAUGACGACCGACCUCCGAAAGUACCUCCUAGAGAACCUUUAUCCGGCGGUAGUUCCCGCACCCCGAGCCCAAAGAGCCUUCCUGUGUACCUCAAUGGGAUCAUGCCCCCAACGCAGAGCUUUGCCCCGGACCCUAAAUAUGUCAGUCGUGGCCUGCAACGACAGAAUAGUGAAGGUUCCCCGUGCAUUCUGCCCGUCAUGGAGAACGGCAGGAAAGCAAGCACCACGCACUACUUCCUUUUGCCGCAACGUCCGUCGUACCUGGACAAACAUGAGAAGUAUUUAACGGACAGCACAGCGAGUCGAGGCACGGAUGCCUCGGAUUUGAGUUCGGACUGGGACUGUCAAAGCAAAAGGAAAACGACGCACACAAUAGACUUGGUAUGAAAAAACCGGGGCAUGUUCGACCCCCGAGACUUUUUUCGCUGCUUUGUCGCAGCUUUGCUCUAGCGCUCCGAGCGAGUUACGUAUGAAUUGCAGUUACUGGGAUCUCUCUUCUUUUGGAAACAGUUCUAACAGUUCUCUUAGAGUGAGCUCGGAAACUAUUUUUAUGUUUUUUUUUUUAUUUCAUUGCUAUGUGAAAUGUAAGUGUUGAAAUGAUGGUGCAGUUUUUUGGUAUUAGCUGGUCUGGUACCUCCAUACUUCAGUGUUGUAAAUUUUCGUAGU